AUGGGGUUUGUGGACGGCACCCGUGCUUGUCCACCAUCAACUAUUGCUGGAAGCACACUCUGUUGGAUCAACAACUCGCUUACACACUUUGUUUUGUCAAUUGUGUUGACAAAUCAGAAUGCUCGCACAACUUGGUUAGCUUUGGAGAGGCGUUAUGCUUCCACCUCUCAUAACAUAAUUUUGCAUCUUCCCAAUGAACUACUGCGCACAACCACAGGUGAUUUUUCUGUCAAUGACUACCUUGAUCAUAUGAACGCUAUUAUUGAUAACCUCUGGACAGACAAUGAAUGA